CAGUGUGUGCGGGCAAAGGCUGACGGAGCCCAGGGGUGGGGGCUGCCCUCGGCUGCUGGGAGCCCCAGGUGGAGCCCCGAAUGGCAGACGGCUGGCACAGGGCCGGGAGUGGGCCAUCCCGGGCCCGCUGGUCCUUGCGGUCCCUGGGCCAGGCCCUCGGGGCCUGGGUGUCCUCCGCAGGGGGGCUUGGCCCAUCGCUUCCUGGUAGCCUGGCUGGUUGUGAGCCAGGUGGGGAGUGGGGGCGGGUGCGCCGAGUUCUCUGUAUUGGGUUUUGCUUGAUGAGAACACCAUGGGGCUGGAGGAUCUGGGGGCCGAGCCCCUCGCAAAACCCCAUCCAAAGGGAAGGGGGAGGAGCAUUUACUGCUGGGGUCCUCCGGUGAGGGCAGCGGGCAGGGCGGCUGGGCCUGCAGAGCCGGGCGAUGGUUGUGAGCCAGCCCUCGGGACGCUCACUGUUCUAGGGGGUGGGGGGUGAGAGAUUGAAGAAUCCGGGAGGAAGGGUCUGGAGGAGGCAGCCCUGCAGAGAUGGGGACACCUGAGGCCGCCUGGGAGGUGUAACCGGACCCUCUGAGCUGUGGGCACAGGGCAUCCGUGGUCCUGACCCCGGGCCUGUUCUUCCACCUCCCAGGGCGCGUCCCAGCCCCUGUACAUAAGGCCCUGCCGGCCGGGCUCGGUCAGGCCUGAGGCAUGGCCUUCACCGACCUGCUGGACGCCCUGGGCGGCGUGGGCCGCUUCCAGCUCGUCUACACGGGCCUGCUGCUGCUGCCCUGCAGCCUGCUCGCCUGCCACAACUUCCUGCAGAACUUCACGGCCGCCGUGCCCCGCCACCACUGCCGCGGCCCCGCCAACAGCUCGGAGGCCUGGCUGCGGGCCACCGUCCCCUGGGACCGGCUUGGGGCCCCCGAGCCCUGCCGGCGCUUCACGGAGCCCCAGUGGGCCCUCCUGAGCCCCAACGCCUCGGCCCCCGGGGCCACCACCGAGAGCUGCCGGGACGGCUGGGUCUACGACCGCAGCGUCUUCCCUGCCACCAUCGUGACGGAGUGGGACCUGGUGUGUGAGGCCCGCACCCUCCGCGACCUGGCUCAGUCCGUCUACAUGGCCGGGGUGCUGGUGGGCGCCGCCGUGUUCGGCAGCCUCGCGGACAGGCUGGGCCGCAAGGGCCCCCUGGUCUGGUCGUACCUGCAGCUGGCAGUGUCGGGGGCCGCCACGGCGUACUUCAGCUCCUUCAGCGCCUACUGCGUCUUCCGGUUCCUGAUGGGCAUGACCUUCUCUGGCAUCAUCCUCAACUCCCUCUCUCUGGUUGUGGAGUGGAUGCCCACCCGGGGCCGGACCGUGGCGGGCGUCCUGCUGGGCUUCUCCUUCACCCUGGGGCAGCUCAUCCUGGCCGGCGUGGCAUACCUGGUCCGGCCCUGGCGCUGGCUGCAGUUUGCCGUCUCUGUUCCUUUCCUCAUCUUUUCCCUCUAUUCCUGGUGGCUGCCAGAGUCGUCCCGAUGGCUCCUCCUCCACGGCAAGUCCCAGCGAGCUGUGCAGAACCUGCGGAAGGUGGCCGCCAUGAACGGGCGGAAGGAGGAAGGCGAGAGGCUGACCCAGGAGGUGGUGAGCUCCUACAUCCAGAGUGAGUUCACGAGCGUCCGCACUUCCACCUCCGUCCUGGACCUCUUCCGAACCCCGGCCAUCCGCAAGGUCACGUGCUGUCUCAUGGUGGUCUGGUUCUCCAACUCCAUGGCUUACUACGGCCUGGCCAUGGACCUGCAGAAGUUUGGGCUCAGCGUCUACCUGGUUCAGGUCCUGUUCGGGGUCAUAGACAUCCCGGCCAUGCUGGUGGCCACCACCACCAUGAUUUACGUGGGCCGCCGAGCCACAGUGGCCUCCUUCCUCAUCCUGGCUGGGCUCAUGGUGAUCGCCAACAUGUUUGUGCCAGAAGGUAUGCAGACCCUGCGCACAGCCCAGGCAGCGCUGGGCAAAGGCUGCCUGGCCAGCUCCUUCAUCUGCGUGUACUUGUUCACGGGAGAGCUGUACCCCACGGAGAUCAGGUGGGUCUGUAGGGGGAGGCGGAGAGCACCUGCCCCAAACUGGGAGCCCCCGGUGCUCCUGGCUGACACCUGCUGGGCUUGCCAAGGCAGGUCCCCACUCCUUCCUGCUCGGUCCCCCAGCACCCCCGCCCUCUGGGGGUCUAGGCCACGGCCACGGACCUGUCCACUUUCCUCGCACAGGCAGAUGGGGAUGGGCUUCGUCUCGGUCAACGCCCGCCUCGGGGGGCUGGCUGCGCCCCUGGUCACCGCGGUCGGGGAGUUCAGUGCCAUCCUGCCGCCUGUGGCCUUCGGGGCCACCUCGAUCCUGGCCGGGCUGACCGUCUGCUUCCUGGCUGAGACCCGCAACGCACCCCUGGUGGAGACCAUUGAGGUGAUGGAGAGGAGAGCCAAGGGCCUCUCCAGGAAGGACGCGGAGGGGAGGAGCGAAGACAUUUCCCUUCAGCAGCUGGGAGCUUCUCCCCUCCUAGAAACCAUCUAAGGUGCCCAGGGCCCGGCACACGCUGGUCGUACCUCAGCCGGUGUCCGGCUUCCUGGCGCUGACCGGGGUCGGGGUUGGCCAAGGACCAUGGUGGCCCCAUCAGCCCAUGUCAAAGAGCCACCCAAAGCCAGUGCUGGGGCUGCUGGCAGAAACCAGACCAGCAGCCGCUGGCAUCGCAAAUGGAUAGAAACUGAGGAGAAGCCACGUUCAGGGACCGAAGGAGGGGCCGUUUUCCUUCCACCUCCAACUCUGCCCCUGAAGACCUCUCUUCUCAUUCUUGUUCCACCUGAAAGCGCUGGGUCCUUGCAGGGUUAGGGUGACAUUUUGGCCCCUGGGUGUCCCUGAAACGGCCCCGCCCACUUGUCCUUGAAAACUCACCGUGCUCCAUUCCUGACACAUUACUCUCUCCUGCCUUGAGGAUUAAAGCUCUCUCCCCUGUGUGUGUGGCUUACCUCCUCGAGGGCACAUGGCCCCAUGCCAGAGCCUGCUUGCCCCUCGCAGUGGGCCUCGCAGAUGGUACCCGCUCAAUAAAUAGUUGAUGAAUGAACGAUGAAGCCAGUCCCGGGCGAUGGAGAGACCUCUACCCAUGGUUGCAUUCUAGCGAUAUCACUUUGCAGAAGACAUACAGAGGGUGAAUCCCUGGCAUAGCAUAGCUUCCCUCUGACCUCAGAUCAUUUCCAGCCCAGAUGUUCGAUGUGUACCUGCAUUCCUGACCCUGACCUUCACCAGAAUUCAGAUUAGAUUCAUAAGGGAUUCAAAUCUUGGCCCAUUGGGUAGCCUUGGGCAAGUUUCCUUGUCUAACCCCUUCCUCCUAGAGUUUCCAGGGAAUCAAACAAGAUAAACAGCCCCCUACAGUCCGAGGAAAAGCACAAUCUAGGGAAGAAGUAGGAAUAUCAUAGUUUGGGCAAAAAACACCGCAACCUGACAUUUCGCCAAGGUCAGUCUUUCAGCAGCUUCGCCCUUGGAGCAGAGCUGGAGUGAAACUCCGCCGGACGCUGUCCCAAGGCCCUGGCCUUCGUGCACCAAUCCCCCAGGCCCUCCCAUAGAAGUAACCUCUCUUUCAACAACCCGACACAUGAGCUUUCCGACCUGAAUUGUUCUCAACUCACAGCCCUCAGCAGAUCAGUAAAUUUGAAAGGCGGAGGGCUGCUGUGCCUGGUCAUACUUUAAGAUUCACUUUGGGAGUCACCUCUUCCAGGAAGCACUCCCUGACAACCCCUGCCUACCUCUGGGCUCCAGUCAUGCUCCCUAUACAUCCUCCCUACUGUGUUGUAAUGGAUCCAUUUACAUGCUGGUCUCACCCGGUGGCUCCCUGAAGGGAGAGUUAGGCCAUCUUGGCCUGGUUCUGUGGCCUGCACAUAGUAGGUGCUCAGUUCACAUUACUGGGGUGAAUGAAAUAGUCAGGACACUAAAAACAAAAGUGAUCUGUCACUGCUGAACGCUGAGGAGGAGGUAGAAAAACUAAAUGGAAAAUCCGGAUAGAAUAACAAGAUUUUGUAUGUAUUUUAAAAACCAAUCUGUGCCCGGCCGGCAUAGAUCAGUGGUUGAGCGUCGACCUAUGAACCAGGAGGUCACGGUUUGAUUCCCGGUCAGGGCACAUCGCCUGGGUUGUGGGCUCAAUCCCCAGUAGAGGCCAUGCAGGGGGCAGUUGAUCAAUGAUUCUCUCUCACCAUUGAUGUUUCUCUCUUUCUCCCUCUCCCUUUCUCUCUGAAAUUAAUAAAAAUAAAUACAUAAAUAAAAAUUAAAGAUAAAAGGGCACUUUUUCAAGUGUCCUCAGUUUGUUUAAAAAUAUAUAAAUAAAAACAAAUCUAUUAUAAACACCAUUUUCUUUUUUGAAGAAAAUUUAAAUAGUGAUUCUCAAUCCUGACAUCGGCUGUGAGCUUUAAAAAAAUAUCAGUGCCAGUGCCCACUCCCGAGAAUUCUGAUGUCUUUAGUUGGGUUUGAGAACCACUGUCUAGAAAUAGUUUUCCUAACCAGUAAAAGAAUUAACACAACAUAGUCCAGUGGAUAGAGUUAAUUAAAACAAUACUAUGAAAUCCUAGGACAAAGAGAACACAUACCUUUACGUGAACAAACCUGAUUUUCUAUAACAAACAUUCUGACAAUGAAGUUUCCUACAACAAGCAUAAGUAAUCUUGAGGUUACAGGUCACAGUCCCUGGGGUAAAACCACGAAGCCUUGACUACUCUUGGUCUUAGCAAAAAAAACACUAGCCAGCCGCGCUGGUGUGGCUCAGAGGUUGAGCGUGACCUAUGAACCAGGAGGUCACACUUUGAUUCCCGGUCAGGGCACAUUCCUGAGUUGUGGGCUCGAUCCCCAGUGUGCAGCAUGAAGGAGGCAGCUGAUCAAUGAUUCUCUCUCAUCAUCGAUGUUUCUUUCUCUCUCUCCCUUCCUCUCUGAAAUAAAAUAAAAAUAUAUUAACACGUUAAGCGCC